GUCCUACGGAACCCCUCACUCACCCUUGCGUUGGCCGGACGUACCUGAACUUCGAGCGGUGUAUAUGUGGUAGCCCUGACCGACCGAGCCGUACACAAGAUGGCACGAGCAGCUGCGAAGCGGGUUUCGUCGCAAAAUGCCUCGACGCUCGCAACAUUGCUCUAUGGCUUCCUGAUCUCGUCAACCAUGCACGUGCUUUUCCGCUUUGUGCUGUAUCGCUCCACAGCCUCGACUCGACAUGUCGUAUACUUUGUUCUCACGGAGGCGUUGGCAGUCGCGCUGUGGCUGCAGUUGCAGAAUAUGGCCAAGUCGGGCGACGAUCUGGCGCAAGGGGGACUGACUGCGUACAUGUUCGAUAUCAUUUAUGUCACAUGGGCUGUCCACGUCCUUUCAGCUGCCAUCUCGUCCAAAUUCUGGUGGCUGUAUAUGGCCAUACCAGCGUAUGCCAUCUUUAUCCUGUACCGCAAAGCGCUGGUACCCUUCGUUCUCGGCGGGCGAGAUCCGCUCGCUCGCAUCUUUAGCGCUUUGCGUGGCGGAAGCGGUAAGAGCAGCAAGGACAGCGGCGCAAAGGGUCAGGAGGAAGACGCGACACAAGGGAUGAGCAAGCGUCAGCAGAAGCUGCAGAAACGGCAGGAGAAGGGUGAUCCGCGCGUGCAGGUGCGGCGGCGAUGAGCAGGGCGGUGCUGUUCUUGACCAUGGAUCCUUCCUUCGCACCGGUGUCUCGUAUCACCGUACUCUUGCAAUUCCAU